AUAAAAAUCCGUUUUAUUGUUAUUAUUUUAAACUCUCUCGGGAGUUACGCGGUGAUGGUGUGGGACUCGGGCCCCGAAAAGAAAUGGAAACGAACGGGCAAGAAGGUACACAACAAAGUCAUGCAUUUAUGUGCCCGCAUGAACCCAGCCAAAAAGGGCUCACCGGCUCUGCAAAAGCCGCGGAAAAGCUGGACGAGGGCAGGUGGUGGUGGUGGUGGCCCACAUUUGCUUCAUUCGUUUUUAUUUUAUUAGUUUAUACGACCUGUGCCGCAGGCAGACAGAGAUGGGGUGUGUGUGUGUUGCUGGUUGUUCUGCGCCGUAAAGGUCGUAAUACAAUCUUUCGUUUCCAUUUUUAUCACUUUCCUCUUACGGUUGGUUUGAUCCGGGGGCGGACCACCAUCCCAGACCUGCCUUGGACAACAGGGUACGGGUAGUUCUAAGUUUAUUGGGAAAAGAUUUACCCCCGGCUGGGCUUUUUCAGAUAUAGGCGUUGGAUGGCUGCGCGAGGCUAAUAGGAUUGCUGGUUAGAACCUUCCAACCUGCCCACACUUUGCGAUGCUGGACGACUGUGAACUGGUCGAUCGAUCGAUUGACGGUGAUGGUGAUGUUGUGUGGGCAUCAAGCCACGAGAAAGCCGCACUAGAGGCUUUAUCAUCUUCGCUUUUUCCCGAUCCUCAUCUGGCAGCUGUGAUCCUACUGACGGCACACUUAAUUCCUGCUCCCUAUGUCACGAUCGAUCAACUGCACCAGAACCGGGCUGGCGAACCAUUUUUAGUUUUAUCGUUGCACGGCUCAUCCUUCUCCGGGGAACUGCCUGUACGAAGGGGAGAUGUUAUGUUCCCGACGUUGACAUCCUUAUCUUGGCAGGACUGUUUUAGCCAAUGCGGUGAUUCAGCAAACACGAUAGUGGCUGACUGUGGGUGGAAGUUUAUCGUCAUCCCGAGCACGGUGAUGCACACGCUCACUGCAACGAUGGCACCGGUGAGAUAG